AUGAAUGGCUGUUCCCAAACUGCCCAAACCUCGUUUGUCAUCCUGCCAGCCGCACGCAGGAGACCAACAGGAAACUUGGAAGGCAUGGACAAGCUUCUUUUACCGAGCGGCGAGGAGGAAGAGCGCUCUGACCAAAGCUCGCAUGCUCCGGGAGAAGCAGAGAGGAAGAUGGGGGACCGGGUGAAGACUAUCUUCCAGGGGAAGGGGAACCUGGGGAGUAACGUGAGGAGUUACUUGAAGAGCAACGGGCUGCUGACGCUGUCCAUCAUCGCCGUGGUCACCGGCUGCAUGCUGGGCUUCCUGCUGAGGGGAACUCACCUGUCCACACAGGCAAAGAUCUACUUCUCCUUUCCCGGAGAGCUGCUGAUGAGGAUGCUGAAGAUGCUCAUCCUUCCUCUCAUCACGUCCAGUUUGAUGUCAGGUCUGUCGUCGAUGGAGUCGAAGGCGUGCUGUCGGAUCGGCGUCCUGACCGUCACCUACUACCUGUGGACCACCUUCAUCGCCGUGGUGGUCGGCAUCGUACUCGUCCUCAUCAUCAAACCCGGCGUGGGGACGGAUAUGGAGAGCCACCGGCUGGGAGGGGGGCCCGUCAUGACCUCGGCCGACGCCCUGCUCGACCUCAUCAGAAACAUGGUUCCCUCUAAUCUGAUCGAGGCCACAUUUCAGCAGUACAAAACGGACCUGAUUCCCAUCCUCAAAGUCCCGGCCAGAACCGUCCGACCCAACUUUGUCUACGUCUUCCCCGACGAGAGCGACCCCAAAGGUCGGACGGUGUACCUGGAGCUGACUCCGCCUCCGGAUAUCACGUACAAGACAAGUCCGGGCAGCAGCCAACAGAUGAACGUCCUGGGCAUCGUCAUCUUCUCCGCCACCAUGGGCUUGUUGCUAGGCAGGAUGGGAGAGCGAGGAGCUCCCCUGAUCAGUGUGUGCCAGUGCAUCAACGAGUGCGUCAUGAAGAUUAUCAAUGCUGCUGUCUGGUACUUUCCGUUUGGGAUCAUCUUCCUGGUGGCAGGGAAGAUCCUGGACAUGCAUGAUCCGAGCACGCUGGGGAAGAAGCUGGGCUGGUACGGCAUCACCGUGCUCGCUGGCCUCUUCGUCCAUGGACUCAUCCUCCUCCCUUUCUUUUACUUCGUCCUGACCAAGAAGAACCCCUUCACCUACAUCCGUGGGCUGCUCCAGGCCAUGGUGAUCGCCCUGGCUACCUCUUCCAGCUCUGCCACGCUGCCCAUCACCAUGAAGUGUUUGUUGGAAAACUGCAAUGUUGACCGGCAGAUCGCCCGCUUCGUCCUCCCUGUGGGCGCCACCAUCAACAUGGACGGCACAGCGCUGUAUGAGGCCGUGGCGGCCAUUUUUAUUGCUCAGGUUAAUGACUAUGAGCUGGACUUUGGCCAGUUGGUCACCAUCAGCAUCACGGCUACAGCCGCCAGCAUCGGUGCGGCGGGUAUCCCUCAGGCCGGUCUGGUUACCAUGGUGAUCGUACUGACAUCAGUGGGCCUGCCGCCAGAUGACAUCACACUCAUCGUGGCCAUCGACUGGAUUCUCGACAGGUUUCGGACCAUGAUCAACGUUCUGGGGGACGCUCUGGCAGCCGGAAUCAUCGCCCACCUCUGUCAGAAAGAUUUCCCCCUUAGUGGAGCAGGAAAGCCCGGACCGUCGUACGGGACGCAGACUCCUCACGUUCACAACAACUCUCACAGCGUGGACGUGCCAAUGACAGAGUUCCACACACACACAGACUGUAUGUUCGAGACGAUGGGCGAGCCAGCGGCCGGCAGCCAUGCACACACCGUUUACUACAACAUCUGUCAGGUGUGAUUGGACCGGCCUGUGCAGCUCGCCUCAAGACGCCACAGAGUCUGGUGAAGAUCUCACCUCAUGUGAAAGGAAGACCGUCGUAACAAAGCACGAUUCUUCUUGUUUUGAGCAGCAGAAGCUGCUUUUAGUUCACUUUAGGUGACAGGAACAGUGGUUUAAUUGGCCAAAAGUGGAUUGGAGCUAAAUUUGGAGCUUUGUUCUCAUGCUCACUGAUGAAAGAGAAAACAAUAUCUCAAUGGAUAAAAGGAACAUGGCUCCAUUUAAUGGAAACUAGCCAUCAAGUUGGCCUGAAUUUAAAAAGUGGAAAGGUUGCUUAAUAUUGAGCAGUCUAAUCUGCACCAGAGGAUUAUGGGUACAUGACAAGUUGGGUAUCACACCGUAAUACCUCUUGGGUACUGACCGAAAAUGGAAUAUGGGGGGUGGAAGACGGAACGCUACGUUUCAUUAGCUUGACCAUGUGCUUUGGGUAGUGACCGAUAGAAUGAGAUUGCUGACACUAGCAGCCAAAACGUGUUCCCAUCAUAGGGUCACGAAAGCCCUGUUCGAAACCAGACGGAGAGCUCGGGGGAGCCAGUUGAGUUUGUUGCUUUUAGAUUAUUUCAAGCACGUCCAACUGGGAGGAGGCUCCGGGGAGGCCUAGAACACGGCGGAUGGCUUUUACAUCCCGUCAGACCUAGGCACUUCUUGGGAUUCUCCAACAGGAGCUGUGAGACAUCUGGACUACCGUGACCCAGACCCUUGCUGUUUAUUUGCUCGACUGUACC